GCACGACCAACCGAGGACUGCGGCAGGCAGCACUGGAGCGGUGCCGUGCCAUCCAUCAUGCGCAACCCGCUGGUCAUUCUGGCAGCCAUCCUCCUGACAGUAGCCGUGCUGCCUGGCAUGUGCACCUCAUCAAGUGGGACAACUCAGUGCCGGGGAGAGUCAAGGAGCGAUGGUCACUGCGGCAGCUUCGACUUCACGCACAGGUGGGUGCUGACGGACGGACUUACAGAUGGAAAGUGGUAUGCAAUCAGGGUCACAACAUCAUGCUUGUGUGUGUGUGUGUGUGUGUGUAUGUGUGCUUUGGUUGUUUAGCGUGUGUGCGCACAUCAAGAACACCGACUUCUUCGCCAUGACGGGCCAGUACGACUGGAGUGACGAGAUAAAGGAGCCGGGCUACUGGUGGGUGGGGGCCUGCCUCUUGCAGCUUAGUCAGUCGACCUCACGAUUGUACCUACCGUUCGGUCUGUGUGUUUGGUGUGUCUGUGCAGGUGCAUCUGCAUCCACAAGUGUGCGCAGUACGUGGACGUCACGGGCUCCCUCGAACUGUCCAUUGACUGCGAGGCGACCGACUGGUGCAACGUGUGCACCAACCAGGAUGGCGGGCAGGACACCUCUGAGUGCACCAAUCAUCUGCUGGCCAAGUGCGGCAAGUCCCGCUGCCGGGAUCCCUGUGCGGCAGCUGCACUCUCCUGACGGACUUACUUACUGAGUGGGUGGGAGGGCGGGGAGGGCGGGCCCGCCAUGGCCGUGUGUGUCUGCAGAGGGCUGGCUCGCUUGUAUGCUGGUGUUUAUCGUUGGUGCCUGGGGUACCGGGGUGAUGGACGGAACUUGUGAAUGGAUGGAUGGAUGUCAAUGGAUGGGCGGGUGACGGUUGGGAGAGGAGGGAGGGAAAGGUUCGGGGGGAAUGUAUGCGUCCUUCUGGCAUCUUGACUGACGGGUGGGCAAGUGGGUGUUUUUGUCCGCCGUCUUCUCCAUCCUAUCCCUCUCUCUGUGUGUGUGCUGGUGCUAGAGUGGGUGCGUCUGUCAAAUUUGAGUCGCGUGAUGUGAUAGAUAAGGUGAGAAUCGAGAGAUGCUCGCGGUCGCCUGUAUCGUGUCGUAUUGGCCUGCUGCUGAUGGAUGGCUUUGUGUCGAUUGAGCAGCGUGUCCGUGCGUCUGUCUCGUCCUGCAUGUCUUUCCUCCCUCUCUUCUUGUCUCCCCAUCCCUCCCUCCCUCCCUCCAUGUCUGUCUGUCUGUCUAUCAUGGACAGAAAGAUUGCCUUCGAGCCCUGGACACAUCGGCGCCGGGUAGCAACGGUACCGUAAAGGUACCGUAGUUCCGUAUGGUCUAAGCAGAGCACAAGACAGGU